CCUACGACUUGCCACUAAAAAAGUUCACGACAGAGAAAUGUGCGCGUUCCAAAGAAAUUUGCUGCUUGCACUCCUUGGCAUAUCUGCGAUAUUAACGCAAGCCAACGCAGCCUCACUGAAUAGCACAAAGCCUAGUGUGCGCAUCGUUGGCGGUUUACCAGCGAAUGACAUAAAUAUACCUUAUGUCGUAUCGCUAGUCACCUACGGAUAUCACUUUUGUGGGGGCGCUAUCAUAAAUUCACGCACCGUAGCCACUGCUGCACACUGCCUAGCACAUACCACAGCGCGCCUGAUCAAAGUGCACGCAGGUGCAAAAACGCGCUCAACAAGUGAGGGAGUAAUGAAGACGGUAUCAGCAAUUUUUUACAACAAAGCAUGGACAUCUAGCAGAAUGGAUCAAGAUGCAGGUCUAGUACGUUUAACAAGUCCAUUCGAUUUUGGCAAUACCAUACAACCAAUUCCUUUGGCGAAAUCAGGAGAAACUUUGCGUGAUGGUAGUCUCGCUAUGGUGGCCGGUUGGGGUUAUACCAGCAACAAUGGUGACGACUCAGAAAUCUUGCGCUAUGCCACGGUACCAAUUGUUAAUCAGGCGGCCUGUAAUCGAUUGAUGGCCUCAAAAAUAACAGAUUACAUGUUAUGUGCUGGCUAUUUGAUGGGUGGUGUGGAUGCCUGCCAAAAGGACUCUGGCGGCCCACUGGUUUCUAAUGGUAAACUAAUUGGUAUCGUUUCCUGGGGUGUUGGAUGUGCACUACCCGACAAGCCAGGAGUUUAUGCACGCGUAUCCGCACUAAGAACUUGGUUCGACAAUACGUUGUGGGAUAAUUACAAAGAAACGCUGUGAAAAAACUUCGAAGCAAACGAAUGUAGUCGCUUAGGUUUAGUGAAUAAAUUGAAAAUUGUAUUUAUUAC